UUUCUACUUUAUUGUAUGAUUAUGAAAGAUAUUUUUUGUUUCUCUUCAAACUAAAAAGGUGAAUUAUGUUUUCUUCUAAAUUAAAGAUCUUUUAAUGAUUAAAAAUUAUUAUAAAUCCUCCUGCUUACCUACAAUGUGUCUAAAGUUUCUCAAGUAUAAAAACAUAUAAUUUAAUUUGUCUAUAUAAACCAAUGUAACAAAAUGUAUUCAUUGUACCAAUGUUUUUAGUAAGAAAUAUUCGGAGAAGUAUAUUUUCAAAUUUUGUAAACUUAAUUUUUUUUAAUCCAUGUAGCUUGACCCACUGUUCAGAAGAGCUCUGCCCUCAUUCCUAAAGACUGGAGCAAUAAGAUUCAUGUCAGGAUCAAUUAUCAACUCUGUGGACCUUGAAUUUGAAUCAUCACCUACUCCUUAUGAUAUACAAAUUAGAGAGGUUUUGGUGAACGAUGAUUCAAGCAUCACAGAAUUCAACAUAUUACAAGAAACGGUUGCUAUUAGUGACCCAGCAACCACAACAGAAGCUCCAACCACCACCACUGCUACUCUAACAACAACCACAACAGCUCCAACCACAACCACAAAAGAUCCAACAACCAGCACUGCUGCUCCAACCACAACCACUGCUGCUCCAACCACCACCACAGCGGCUCCAACCACCACCACUGCUGCUCCAACAACAACCACAACAGCUCCAACCACAACCACAUCAGAUCCAACAACCAGCACUGCUGCUCCAACCACAACCACUGCUGCUCCAUCCACCACCACAGCGGCUCCAACCACAACCACUGCUGCUCCAACCACAACAACAUCAGAUCCAACAACCAGCACUGCUGCUCCAACCACAACCACUGCUGCUCCAACCACCACCACUGCUGCUCCAACAACAACCACUGCUGCUCCAACAACAACCACAACAGCUCCAACCACAACCACAUCAGAUCCAACAACCAGCACUGCUGCUCCAACCACAACCACUGCUGCUCCAUCCACCACCACAGCGGCUCCAACCACAACAACAUCAGAUCCAACAACCAGCACUGCUGCUCUAACCACAACCACAUCAUCUCCAAUCACAACCACUGCUUCUCCAACCGCCACCACUUCAGCUCCAACCACCACUGCUGCUCCAACCACAACCACAUCAGCUCCAACCACCACUGCUGUUCCAACCACAACCACAGGAGCUCCAACCACCACCACAUCUGCUCCAUCUACCACCACAGCUGCACCAACCACCACUGCUGCUCCAACCACCACCACAGCAGCUCCAACAACAACCACAUCAGCUCCAACCACAACCACUGCUGCUACAACCACCACCACUGCUGCUCCUACCACAACCACAACCACAUCAGCUCCAACAACAACCACAUCAGCUCCAACCACAACCACUGCUGCUCCAACCACAACCACAGCAGCUCCAACCACAUCCACUGCUGCUCCAACCACAACCACAUCAGAUUCAACCACAACCACAUCAGCUCCAACCACCACCACUGCUGCUCCAACCACAACCACAUCAGAUUCAACAACAACCACAUCUGCUCCAACCACUACCACUGCUGCUCCAACCACUACCACUGCUGCUCCAACAACAACCACAUCAGCUCCAACCACAACCAUUGCUGCUCCAACCACAACCACAUCAGCUCCAACCACAACCAUUGCUGCUCCAACCACAACCACAUCAGCUCCAACGACUACCACUGCUGCUCCAACCACAUCCACUGCUGCUCCAACCACAACCACAACAGCUCCAACAACAACCACAUCAGCUCCAACCACAACCACUGCUGCUACAACCACCACCACUGCUGCUCCUACCACAACCACAACCACAUCAGCUCCAACAACAACCACAUCAGCUCACACCACCACUGCUACUCCAACCACAACCACAUCUGCUCCAACCAACCACAUCUGUUCUGACAACAACCACAUCAGCUCCAAUCACAACCACAUCUGCUCCAACCACCACAACUGCUGCUCCAACCACCACAACAUCAGCUCCAACCACCACCACAGCUGCUCCAACCACAACCACAUCAGCUCCAACCACAACCACAUCUGCUCCAACCACCACAACUGCUGCUCCAACCACCACAACAUCAGCUCCAACCACCACCACAGCUGCUCCAACCACAACCACAUCAGCUCCAACCACAACCACAUCUGCUCCAACCACCACAACUGCUGCUCCAACCACCACCACAGCGGCUCCAACCACCACCACUGCUGCACCAACCACAACAUCAACUCCAACCACCACCACAUCUGUUCCAUCCACCACCACAGCUGCACCAACCACCACUGCUGCUCCAACCACCACCACAGCAGCUCCAACAACAACCACAGCAGCUCCAACCACAACCACUGCUGCUACAACCACCACCACUGCAGCUCCUGCCACAACCACAACCACAUCAGCUCCAACAACAACCACAUCAGCUCCAACCACAACCACUGCUGCUCCAACCACAACCACAUCAGCUCCAACCACCACCGCUGCUGCUCCAACCACAACCACAUCUGCUCCAACCACAACCACUGCUCCUCCAACCACAACAACAGUGGCUCCAACCACAACUACAGCAGCUCCAACUACAACCACAUCAGAUUCAACCACAACCACAUCAGCUCCAACCACCACCACUGCUGCUCCAACCACAACCACGUCAGAUUCAACCACAACCACAUCAGCUCCAACCACUACCACUGCUGCUCCAACCACAACCAUUGCUGCUCCAACCACAACCAUAGCAGCUCCAACCACAACCACAUCAGAUCCAACCACCACCGCUGCUGCUCCAACCACAACCACAUCUGCUCCAACCACAACCACUGCUCCUCCAACCACAACAACAGUGGCUCCAACCACAACUACAGCAGCUCCAACUACAACCACAUCAGAUUCAACCACAACCACAUCAGCUCCAACCACCACCACAGCGGCUCCAACCACCACCACUGCUGCUCCAACCACAACCACAUCAGCUCCAACCACUACCACUGCUGCUCCAACAACAACCACAUCAGCUCCAACCACAACCAUUGCUGCUCCAACCACAACCACAUCAGCUCCAACGACAACCACACUAGCUCCACCCACAACCACUGCUUCUCCAACCACAACAGCAGCUCCAACCACAACAACUACAUCUCCACCAUUAAUAAGGCUGCUGAUUUUUAAGUCUGAUCAAGUAUUUGACUCAAAUUUGGGAGACCCAUCAACAUCUGCAUUCAAAACACGUUCGGCAAACAUACGGAGUCAUCUUGACCCACUGUUCAGAAGAGCUCUGCCCUCAUUCCUAAAGACUGGAGCAAUAAGAUUCAUGUAAG